AUGUCAGUACCAAAAGCGGUAACCCCCGAGCUACACUCGGGCUUACCAUGCGGCGCUGCAUAGGGAGUCCCUGCAGCACUUACCUUGUCCUUCACUCCCGCGAUGUGUCCCCUGCAGUGUCCCCGGUCCCCAUCUCCUCUGGCUCCUGUGUUCCGGUCCCUGUGACGUCGGGACGUACGGGCACCACCGGCGGCGGGAAAUUUGAAAAUUUUAAAAACAUUUCAUUUUUUUCAAAAUGAUUUUAUAUAUGCUCUGUCCUGUCCCCUGUCUGCAUUUUGACUGUUCUUUCUG